UCUCGUAAAACCUGGUUCAAAUUCGUGAUGAAGGACCUUCUACAAAGUUUUGCGCCGAAAAUGCCUCCUAUCACACAGCAAGAAAGAGGAGAGCUCAUUCAAGGGUGUCGCUUCGCCACACACACCACAAUAUACGAUAAGAACAUGUUAUCACGUGUCAAGUUUUCCAACGAGAGGAAAGCAGACUUCUCUUCCAAUCACAAGGCUCUCGUGAAGAAAUUGCUCUUAAUGAGCACGCCACCGCCCAAUGUGUACAAUGGGGCAGGAAUCGUCAUCAGUGGAGGCGGGGCGUACAUGGCUGGUGCCCUCACGACGAUCGUGCAGGUGAGAGAGACCGGCUCCAAGCUUCCCAUAGAGCUUGUCUUGAACUCAAUGAAAGAAUAUGAUUCUUACAUCUGUGACACCUUAGGCAGCAAGUUCAACUAUACAUGCUUGGUGAUUGAGGAAGAGAUUGGGAAAGACAUCGUGGAGGAAAUGAAAAUCACCAAGUUCCAGCUAAAGAUCCUAGGGCUUUUGGUGACAUCUUUUGACCAUGUGAUCGCGUUAGACGCAGACAACAUGCCUUUGAAAAACCCGGAUCAUCUCUUGACUUGCAAGGCGUACUUGGAUACAGAAUUUCUUUUGUGGCCUGAUCUCUGGCAGAGAACCAUCUCACCCACCUAUUAUGAAAUCGCCGGAAUGAAGGCUGGAGAGCCUGUCAAGAGACACGGCUUGGAAAAUGGGAAGGAUUUUGCGGAGUAUUUCAAGAAGGGCCGAGACCACGUACAUUUCCACGAUUUGGACGGGCUUCCAAAUCACAUCUCGACGGAAACAGGUCAAAUGGUCUUUUCGAAAAGAAAACAUUACCGCUCUUUCCUCUUGGCUCUCUACUACAAUAUGUAUGGCGAGUCUCACUACUGGUCCAUGUUUUACCAGGGCAGUCCAGGGGAUGGAGACCGUGAUACUUUUGUUCCUGCUCUUCAUGUGUUCAAAGAGCCUUACCAUGUGGUUGAGCGCGCAACAUGGCUAGCUGGGUUUAGAAGAGAAGACAACUUCUUCCAAGAGACCACAAUUGUUCAGUAUGAUCCCAAUACCUCCAUGACCUACGAUCAAUUGUGGAAGGAAUGGCUUAUGAUAAAGGGAUAUGACCUGAGAAUGCAUUUCAAUCAGGACAACCAAUACACGAGAGACUUGGUGAAGGAAUUCCACGCCCUGACGCAUGCCGUUCCAGAGCCUGAGGUGUUCUUCCUUCAUGUGCACAGACCCAAGGUCAACCCAAUCUUAGCGACACACAGCGAUGGUUAUUUUGAUUGGAAUCGUCAAAGAAAUCUUGGAAAGGUAGGGGUUUACACGAAAGAUUUUGGAAACAUCGACUGGGACUUGAGGUUCUAUACCAUCGCGGAGUGGGUUGCAUGCAAAGGUAUUAAAAGCGAUGAGUGGUGGAAGUCCGUGGACCGUGUCCAAUCACUGGUUUGUGAGGCCAUGUCCGCCUACGUGAACUUCUUGAAGAAAGACACGCAGGACGAAGAGGCA